GAGUGCUCUAAUAACUCAACUCAACCUAAAAAUAAAAAAUUACGGUUAGGGCGAGAGCGACAAUCAGAUAGAGAAACGACAGAUCCUAGGAAAGAGAAAAAAAUAUAAAAAAAAACCACAGAACGACGUGGUUUGAUACGAGGGGAGAGGGGGUAGGGUUUGCUCAGUUGGGACUUGGGAGAGUAGGGAGGAGUGUUUUUGGCUAAGAAGACAGUACAUUGUUUGGGAAAUUACGACACUCAAUUUCAAAUUCGGUCAUCUGAACUGAAGAGCUCAAUCCAAGAAUUGCAACGCAACCAUGACGGACUAUGCACAGGAGCAAGAGAUGGAAAUCGAAGCAUUAGAAGCAAUUCUUAUGGAUGAGUUCAAAGAAAUUCACUCUGGAGAGAGUGGAUUAAAUACUUCCAACCGGUGCUUCCAAAUAAAAGUGGUUCCACAGGAUGAUGAAGCAGAUUUUGAAUCUUCUCCAGUUCAGCUAGGUUUGAUUUUUUCGCACACAGAAAAAUAUCCUGACGAACCUCCACUUUUAAAUCUUACAAGUUUACGAGGAAUUCGACCUGACGAUCUUAGAAUAUUGAAAGAAAAGCUUCAACAAGAGGCAACUGAAAAUCUUGGUAUGGCCAUGAUGUAUACCCUUGUCUCAUCAGCUAAGGAAUGGCUCUCUGAGCGAUUUGCUCAAGAAACUGACAUUGAUAAUGCUGAAGCAGAAGAAGCAACUAAAGACGAUGUAAUCAUCCCUCAUGGUGAACCAGUGACAGUUGAAACAUUCCUAGCUUGGAGAGAGAGGUUUGAAGCGGAGUUAGCACUCGAACGAGCUAAGCUAAUGCCCGAGGCUGCGCUUGCAGCACCUAAGGAUAAGAAGCUCUCAGGAAGACAAUGGUUUGAAAGUGGAAGAGUGAAAGGUACAGUUACAGCCACUGAAGUUUCUGACGAAGAAGAUCUUGAAGAUAUCGACUUUGAUGAUGAUGAAGAUUUUGAAGACGACGAAGAAGAUAUGCUUGAGCACUACUUGGCUGAGAAAUCGGACUCAUCGACACAUUCAUCCAAGAGAGCCAACUAAAAGAUAAAGCUUGCUUGUGGAGCGUUAUGGACUGGCUUGAAAAAGAUGUGUACCCCUUUUCUUGGUAUCAUCUUUGGUUGUAGUCAUGGUGAUACAUGUGUCAAAGGCUAAAAGUGUAAUUGCAAAAGUGGGGUUAAGGAAAGCAUGUUGUAAUUUGGAUAAGCUAUUAAACAAUUAAAAAGUCUUUAUUUUGCAUGAGGAGAAAUAUACGAAGAGUUUUGUCAUCAGACUUCAGACAUGUAUAUGUAUCUGCCUUCCAAGCUUUAUACUUUUUGAAAGAUGUUUCAUUUUUGUGUUUAUAAAUCAGAAAUCAGAAAUUUUAUCA